GCACUUGUGAGCGGUUCUCUCCACGCCAGCAGGGGGCGACACGUUCCGGCGGGCAUGCGCCAAGAGGACAACCGUUCCCAACCAACGACAGUCGUUCCUUCCGGCUCCGGUCCCCUAUCAAGUGGAAAGAUGCUGAUGCCCAAGAAAAACCGCAUUGCUAUCUACGAGCUCCUCUUUAAAGAGGGAGUCAUGGUGGCCAAGAAAGAUGUCCAUCUGCCCAAGCAUCCCGAGCUUGCUGACAAGAACGUCCCCAACCUUCAUGUGAUGAAAGCGAUGCAGUCUCUGAAGUCCUGUGGGUAUGUCAAGGAGCAAUUUGCCUGGCGUCAUUUCUACUGGUACCUCACCAAUGAGGGUAUCCAGUACCUGAGAGACUUCCUCCACCUUCCCCCGGAGAUUGUGCCCGCAACCCUGCGCCGGCAGACCCGCCCUGAGACCGCAAGGCCCAGGCCCAAGGGUAUGGAGGGUGAGAGACCAGCCCGCCUUACCCGCGGGGAGGCUGACAGAGAUACCUACAGGCGAUCUGCUGCACCACGUACGUACAAAUCAAAUCAGGGCAACUCUCUGGUGCUGAUAAGAAAGCAGAGGCAGGUGCUGGAGCUGCCACAGAGUUCCAGUUUAGGGGCGGCUUUGGGCGUGGCAGAGGACAGCAGCCUCAGUAGACUUCAUUAUCUGUUUCUGUACAAUAAAGAAAAACAAAACACAACCUGUGCCUGA